CCUUUUCGACGGUUGUCUGACUUGGCAACGCCGCGCGGCGCCCCGGCGGCUCCGCCAUCUUGGCGUCUGCAGCGGGGCGGGGAACCAAAUGAAUCAUUUUCCCGUUUUCAAUGAAAGUAACGAAUUAAACGAAAAUCUGAGCUCGUAGCGCAAUAGUUUAUACCUCGACGGUUAUUUUGGUGUGCCUGUCAUCGCGGAAAUCGAAUCGCCGAAAAAGUUGCAGCUAUUUUAAGUAGUCCGGGUUGACUGCGUCAUCCAACCUAGCUACACCAAGCAGUGGUUGUUCGCUCUCCGCACUGCAUCUCCGUUCUUGCAGUUGAUUUUCUUGUGUUUGUGGUGACUUCUUGUUGAAAAAAGUUGGUAAGAGGUGGUUUGACUUAAUUUGACUGAAAGUGAGGUGAUAAAAGAUAUUCGUAGCUUACUGACACGUAAUGAUUCAGGUCCUAACCUAAGGAAAGAUGGGAUUUCAAGGGAAAAGGAAAAGAUCUGCCGGGAGUAGCGGCUUGCAAAUGAAAAGGAAAAAGAAAUCCAAUUCUAAUGUAGAAUUAAAGACUCCUGAGGAUUGUGACGCAGGAAAGACCCCUAACAUUGUCACAUUGUGGAAUGAGAUUGCUGUGUCAGGUGCAGCACAAUCAUCAACUAACCCUACAGAGGAUGUAAUUGAUGCUGCAUGGUACUUCAACAACUUGACAUCCCCUGCUAGAAAAAGACUAUGUUCUACCCCAGACAGCCCUAAAACACCUCAACAGAAUCAGAUUGGCAGAGAGGAUAUUGUCAGUGCAAGUCCAGCUGUGUCGUCUGCAAGGAAGAUUCUGCAGUCUGCCCCUGGGUCUGUGACUCCUCGUCAACAGGAGCUUGCAACGCUGCUGCUUAAAUUAAGUGCUGGGGUUAGUGAAAGUGCAUUCAGUUCUUUUGAAACUAUUUUUGUGCAUAACGCAGUGAAGUUGAGGUUUCACGUAUUUGUUAAAUGUCAGAUUCCAGCAUCACCAAGGCCAAAGUCCAGACAGUCACCUAGUUCCUCAGUAUUCACAACAGAGAUUGUAUCCGCAGGGGGAAGACAUAGGGUUGUUGUCACUCCUUCCAAAGCACCUCCACCUCUAGCCUUCCUUUCUCCAACCUCUACUCAUUCUCAUGAACCACCACCAUCACCUCAAGAAGUGGAAACACUUGCAGUUCCUCUAGCUGAGAAUGACUCAUUCGAAGUGAACCAUAAGUGCCAGUCAAAUGAAGUUACAUCCGAAGUCAACCUCAGUCCAAACCAGCAACAGAAUGGUUUUCCAGGUCCGUCCCAUAGCACACCAGUCAGAAGGAACCUCUUUGAUAAGCCACUUAAAUUGCAGCAAGAGAGGCCUUCUUCUGUGGGAGUUACAAAUGCAGUGCAGGAUAAAUCCAAAUCCAGUUAUGACUCCUGCCGUUGUUGGUGUCAUGACUGUGACUGUUGCAGCCUUGGUGGUGCUGCUAAAUUAUUAAAACAGAUUGAACUGGUGAGAGUUUUUCUCAACUUUGAGACCAUGAAAACAUUUCCAGAGGGGGAGUUCAAAAGGAUGACUGGCAUUACUGUCCCUCAAUUUGAUGUUCUGAUGGCAUUUUUGGAUGAACGAAUAGCAAUGAGAUUGAAGUACAAAUAUGAUGCUGGAACUCCGCUCAAAGACCUAGAAAGUGAUCUCACCCCUGACAAUCGGCUGCUGAUUACCUUGCUUCGCCUGAGAGGUGGAUGGGAUGAGGCUGACCUUGCAACAUUUUUCAAAACAAGUGUCUCAACAGUAUCAGCAGUGUUCAAUACUUGGAUUCAAUUCAUGUAUUUUCAGUUCAAGAGAAUCCAGUCUGCCAUGUUUGUGAAGAAGGACCUUCAAAAAAGGAAAGACAGGCCCCUGCCAUUUAAACCUUUCAACAACUUUAGAGUAUGCCUGGACACAACUGAGGUGGAAAUAGAAAGACCUGGUAAUUUUGACAUGCAAGGGAAUACAUAUUCAGAUUAUAAAGGUGCAAAUGUUAUUUUGUAUAUGAUUGGGAUUUCUUGUUGGGGAGGAAUUUCCUACAUUAGUCCCGGAUUUGAAGGUUCCAAAACAGAUGUUCAAAUUUUUAAAGAAAGUGGCAUCAUUGAGUUUCUUGAAGAAGAUGACCUACUUCUUGUUGAUCGAGGUUUUCCUAUAGAGGAAGAGUGCGAUGGAAUUAAUGUUUUGGUCUUGCAUCCCCCUUUCUUGGGACCAAGAGAGAAAUUCACUCCUGAAGAAGAGCAGUUGACACGGGACAUUGCUCAUGCAAGAAUAUAUGUAGAGCAUGCCAUUCGCCGCAUGAAAACUUUUCAGUUGUGGAAGAGAGUGAAAAAUACUAUGUUGCCAAUACUAGACCAAAUUGUAUAUGUCAUAGGUUGCCUAGUUAAUUUUCAAGUACCAAUUGUUAAAAUGGGCAAAGGGAAGUCAGAUGACAAUGCUGCUACUAAAAAAUAAGUUGGAGAAAUAAGUAAAUACAGUUGUGAAGUAAAACGCCUACAUGUGACAAUCUUUUCUAUAAAUAAUUACUGUAAUCUUUACUACUAGAACUAGGGACAAAACCAUGGAGAACAAUAAAGUGUGAAAAUGUACAAACCUUGUGUGAUGGGUGGGGAUACUUCAAAUUUUAUCCUAGUUUACCAGAAGAAGACAUGGUACCAAUUUCAUAAUACUGUAAUUAUGGUAUAUUUGUGAACGACAUGAACAAAAUGGAGUUGAAGAGUAGUAUGCUAUGAAAUAUGAAAUGAAUGAAAACAGACAUGAGUAACCAAAAUCUAAAGUUUUCCCCCGUCAAAAAAAGCAACUUUACAAAAUUAGACAAACUACACACUUAUUACCUAGAAUUGAAUGGGGGUGGG